CACCUCAACAAAUUUUGCGUGUACUCAAUGUCACAACAAAAACAAAGUUCCGCUUACAGGUUCCUCAUAUUAUUCGGUUGCCUCCUCAUUUAUCAAGUUGGGCCUGUAAAAAGCAACUAAACUAAAUUUGUAAGUUUAUUAAAACACAACGCGUUAUGUCCUCGACUGAGCUGGAAAGUUGUUUCACUUGCCUUCGAAAAUCGGACAAUUUUCUUUGCAUCACCGAACGAGACGACGUGAGCGGCGAAAAUGUGGAGGAAGUGUUUGUCAAACACUUUUGGUUUACCAAAGAUGAGUACUGCAACAAAACCGUUUGUACUAGUUGUUGGGAAAAAAUUGAUGAAUUUCACAAGUUUUACUGUGAGGUAGAAAAAGUGCACCCUCCUCAAUUGGCGAUUUCCGAGAUCAAAACGGAAACGGUUGAUUGCUGUGCAGAAGAAAUGAUAGUUGCUACCGUUAAUGAUGUCCACGAUAAUCUCGAGCAAAGAGACUGUUUAGCUAAUCCAGAGCAAGACGGUCUAUUAAAUGUUAGACAUCUAAACGCGCAAGUUUUUGGAGAACCAAUAUGUAAAUUGGAGGUAAAACAAGAAUCUGAGAAAAAGACUUUCGAUUGUGAAACAUUGCAAAGCAGAACUUACGAUUGUGAUGAUAACGAUGAAGACGAUGGUGCUACUAGCAACGAGGGCAAUGGUCAGGAAUCGAGUUCGAGUUCUUCAAGUGAAGAAAGUACUAAUGGUUCCGAUGUAACCGAUUCGGAUGUUCCGCUGGCGAAACGACUUGCUGCCAGAAAGCAAAAGUUGGUGCUGGUCAAAAGACGUAAUCAUAACAGGACAAAGCUGAGAAAGGAAAAGUCAGACAAUGAGAAAUUAAAUGCGUUCAUAAGACAACACAUGGAUAUUACGUGUCACCGGUGCGCUGAAACUGGACUGGAUAAGGCCGAAACGUUCGAAACUUUUUAUCGGUUGAGGGUACACUUUAAGAAAGUUCACGAUACGUAUGGGUACAUAUUUUGCUGUAAUCGGAAAUGGUCUACAAAAACCGGGCUGGUGGAACAUUUGAAAAAUCAUGAACCAAUGAAAAAUGAUCACAGUCGUUGUUUGGAGUGCAACUGCAUUUUUAAGGAUAAGCGUAGCUAUGCGAAUCAUAUGUUUUUAGUGCACACACCGGAGGACCAGAAGCAGUUCAAGUGUGAUCGCUGCUCGAAGGCGUUCGCGGCGGAAGAUUUGCUCAACAGUCACAUAAAGUGGCACGAAGAGGUGGAGAAAAAGAAUCACCAUUGCCAAGUUUGUGGAAAAUAUUUUCUAAGUGCCCGAAAUCUUGAGAAUCAUAAUCUGAGCCACCAUGUUUUCGGGGAGAAUUCGUCUGCCGUGCCGAAUACUGGCGGAGAAGACAUCGAAGAGCAGCACUCUUUCGAUCAGUCUGUCGAAGAAUCGUCAGCGAAACCAUCGAGCUCAAAGGGCAGGCGGAAUAUUGACGAUUUAGUCCAACAAGAUGAGCUUAUCAAAAAAUACGUUUCCUUAAAUUGCUCCAAAUGUGACUUCAUAGGGGAAACUUUCAACAAGUUGUCCUAUCACGCGUUCAAAGUUCAUAACAUGAAUACACACGCGGUCAUUUGCUGUGAUCGUCGCUUCGGUAAGCGUCAACGGCUGUACGAACACUGUCUGAGACAUUUGAAUCCCGACCAUUUCAAGUGUGAGAUCUGCGGUAAAACGUACGCGGACAGUUCGGGAUUACAAAUCCACAAAUGGUGGAUUCAUACACCGGUUUCGGAGCGACCGUUCAAGUGUGACAUAUGCGGGGCUGCUUUCGUGAAGGACUAUCUGCUGAAGCAGCAUACGAAUUGGCAUGUCAACAAAGAACGGAAGACCCACUUCUGCGAACAGUGCAAUAAGGCUUACUCCAACUCGCAGCAACUGAGGGCGCAUCUACAGAAGAAGCACGGUGCAGUGUGCGAUUGGGUUUGCGACAUUUGCGCUAAAGGUUUUAAUCAUCGGGCUCUACUGGACGAACACCGUUUGACGCACACGGAAGAAGGGUUGGCCAGUUUGAAGAUUCAGUGUGAAAAAUGUCAUAGGUGGUUGAUAAAUAAGAAAAGUUAUUUGCGACAUAAACGACGCUGCUACGACACGUCCGGGCCCGUGAAGUGUGAUAUUUGCGGCAAGGAAUCUAUCAACGAAGCAGCUUUGAUGGGUCACAAAAAUUUUCACCAUUCCAACAGACCUCUGUUCACCUGUGCUUUCUGCGGCAAAGAAUGCAAAACUCAGCUUCGUUUGAAGGAACACGAAGCAACACACACCGGUGUAGUGUUGUAUCAGUGUCCAUACUGCCCAAGGACUUCCAAUUCAAGUUCGAAUAUGUAUACUCACAAGAAAUCGGCGCAUCCGGAGAAAUGGGCCGAGGAAGUCGCUGCGCGAUUUUACACACGGUGAGAGAGGUGAGGGAACGAUAUAAUUACUGUACGUAAAAAUAUACUGGGAGGCUCUGAUUGGUGUAUUGAAUCUUGAAA